UUUAAUUUAAAGGGGGCGCAGCAGUAAAGCUUCCCGCCUCAGGUGACCUCUCAGGGGUCUCCCCGCCAAAGUUGCCCCGCCGCUGAGGAACAUGGCGAAGGUGGAGCAGGUCCUGAGCCUCGAGCCGCAGCACGAGCUCAAAUUCCGAGGUCCCUUCACCGAUGUUGUCACCACCAACCUGAAGCUUGGCAACCCAACAGACCGAAACGUGUGUUUUAAAGUGAAGACCACAGCGCCGCGUAGGUACUGCGUGAGGCCCAACAGUGGGAUCAUUGAUGCGGGGGCAUCAAUUAAUGUGUCUGUGAUGUUACAGCCUUUCGAUUAUGAUCCUAAUGAGAAGAGUAAACACAAGUUUAUGGUUCAGUCUAUGUUUGCUCCAACUGACACUUCUGAUAUGGAAGCAGUAUGGAAGGAGGCAAAACCGGAAGACCUUAUGGAUUCAAAACUUAGAUGUGUGUUUGAAUUGCCAGCAGAAAAUGAUAAACCACAUGAUGUAGAAAUAAAUAAAGUUAUAACCACAUCUGCAUCAAAGACAGAAACACCAAUAGUGUCUAAAUCUCUGAGUUCUUCUUUGGAUGACACUGAAGUUAAGAAAGUGAUGGAAGAAUGUAAGAGGCUGCAAGGUGAAGUUCAGAGGCUAUGGGAGGAGAACAAACAAUUCAAGGAGGAAGACGGACUUCGGAUGAGGAAGACAGUGCACAGCAACAGCCCGGUGUCUGCGUUGGCUUCGGCCGGGAAGGAGGAGGGCCUUAGCACCCGGCUCCUCGCCUUGGUGGUCUUGUUCUUUAUUGUCGGUGUAAUUAUAGGGAAAAUAGCCUUGUAGAGGCUGCAUGCAAAGGAUGGUAAAUUGGAUUGAUAGAUCUGCCAUAUCAUGGGAUUUACAUUUAUCAUAACCAUGUGUAAAAAGAAAUUAAUGUAUGAUGACAUUUCACAGGUCUUGCCUUUAAAUUACCCCUCCUGCGCACACACAUACACAAACACACACGAAUAUAACAAUGUAACAAUCUUUUAGAAGGUUUAAAUGUAUAGUCAAUGAUUGGGGGGAAAAGAAUGAUCUUAAUUGAGUGGUGAGGGAAACCGUGAUUAAUACCACACAGGCAUAUUGUAAAUGUCAUAAGCAUUGGUGGGCUUUGGUACAUGUUGCUGGAUUUCCUCUUCUAAAACAAGACACUCUUCCUUGCCUGAUGGUGCUGGCCUUGGGAGCCAGAGCCCUGCGUGGCGGGCAGACACUGUCACCUCUGUGUAGUUACCCAGCACACUGCUCACCCCCUCCCGAGGCUGCUUUUCUAUGUCUUCAGUUCUGUCCAUGUCAUCAGUUUCUUGGGACUGAUGAACAGAGUCAGAAGCUGAAAAGAAUUGCACUGUGGCAGCAUCAGAUGUGCUCGUCACGAAUGAGAGGCAGAUGUUGACUGACUGACCCAACACUUUGGAAAAAAAGUCAAUGCUUUGUUCUCUAAAGGGACCAAGCUAAAUUACUAUUGGUUCAUGUAGUGAAAUUGAACUGUUACUCAGAGAUGUUUAAUGCAUAUUUAACUUAUUUAAUGUAUUUCAUCUCAUGUUUUCUUAUUGUCACAAAAUUUUAAUUAAUGCCGUGGCCUAAAACUCAUCUGUGCUACCUCCUGCCGGUGGGUUAUGAUGGCAUUGCUGCUGGGGCGCUGUGGGCUCCUCUCUCUCUGGAGGUUUCUGGGCACUACGUACCUGUGGAAGGUUUGACUGUUGACUGUUGGACAACAGCAGUCAGGAUGUGUUUUUCUUUGUAAAUAAAUAACAGCUGCCAUAGGGAGGGAAAUUCCUAGUAGCAACAGUCAAGUCUCGAUUACCCCUUCAGUGGAGAAGAGCAGCUGAUCUUAAAGAGAUGGAUGUGCUGUUUUCCACCAUCCCUCAGCCACCACCCGUACUUCCAGCACGCAGGACCAGGGUCUGGCCUGACUUUUCUCAACAUGGCCCCAGCUUGGAGUCAUGAAGAGUGAGUCAGGCUACAGAGCGGGGGUGAGAGUGGAACCAGCUGGGGGUGGGGAGGGGGUUGUGAGAGAGACUCUUCAGGUAAUCCAUCCAGUGGUAAUUGAGAGUUUGACUGUGAAUUAAUUCUAUGCCGUGAAAGACCAGUCCAAUCCUGUUUGACUAUGUAGCAUCUUAAAAAGAAAAAAAAUUAAAAUAAAGCCCCAAAAUUAAGAGCUCUUUUGUCAUUUUGUCACAUUUGCUAUCUGGGGAAGUUAUUAUUUUAUCACAUUAUCAUUUUGUCACUGGAAGAUUCGUUUAAAAAUCAGAUAUUGAUGGAAAAAUAUUUUUGAGGGGGGUGGGGUGGUUGGCCUCAACUGAAGGUCUGAAAAGAAAACUAUUGGAAGUCUAAGAACCUGGUCACCCCCAUCCAUCCAUUGCUCUGCCCCUCAGCGGAAGGAAACCUCUCCUCCAGGUCAAGGAGCCCACAGAAGCAGUGGGCAACAGGUAUGCUGAGCACAGCUCCAGCGUGGGGAUGGCUUUAAAAGACAAAAAUCCAUCAAGGAAGACAGUUCUUAGAAGACACCACUUUAAGUCAGAUUUCUCUCGAGCCUGACCAGGGUGGAACGAGCCUGGGUUCUGGCUCUGGGGUGCCGGGUUAGGGGCUAGAGGACUGGCGAGGUCGAAGCCUGCCAUUAGUUCUAAGUAGUAACUUCCUGUCUUCACAAAAAGAAGUUUUCUAUAAACCCCAGGUACUCACAGUGAAUGGUGAACAACCAAACACCUCGUGCUCAGAUUGCAUCUGGUAUGCAGUCAUGGAAGGCUGCCCCGUUGUAAUUUAGUCCCCCGUAUCUUUUCCAUGCAGCUCUGAGUACUUGUGAAAAGGAGUGAGAAGAUGGAGCUGUGAGGCAUGUGCCUUCUGUUAUUUUCUGCAAAUGGACUAAAAUGUGUCAAAUUGUACAAAAUAUUUUAAGCUGUCUAGGCCACACAACCACUCUUAAUAAUCCUUUCAGAUUAACUUGAAAACAACAGACAUUAUGCAAAUGAAGGACGUGACUGUGGUCCAGUAAAACUUCAUUCACAAAACCCAGCAACUGGUGGGAUCUGGCCUGUGAGGCCAUAGUUUGCUGAUGCACCAGAGUGACAAGGUUCUUAAAAGAGCUUGCCCGGGGAACCCACUAAGUGUUGGGUCUUUGAAGGUGGUUCAGCGAUUCACGAACAUCUAGGCCAGGAGCACAGGUAUUCAGCUUCUCAGGUGAUGUGGACAUUUUGGUUGCAGCUAAAAUCAAAUUUUAAAGUCCAAGUUUGGCUCUUCCUUGUGGCCAAUUAUCCUAUGAAACCUCUUUCCCAUCUAAUGGCUGGGACUUGGUGAGCACAGGUUCACUUGUGGGGCUUUCUAAGUGAAUGGAAGGAGGAAGCUCAUCAGGGACCUUGGGUGCUUUGAGAACAAGGGUGAUGGGGGAGGCUCGGCUCUUGUCUAAGUUAGCCUGCUUGGCAGAGAGUGUGCGUAGAAGCAUGACAGAGGAAAGAAAAAUGGAAGUAAGGUAAAGAGGUGGGUAGGUGGUCAUGUCAGAGCAGAGGGUGAGAAUCAAAUAACUGGGAAUGAACUGGUUUAGGAAGAGGGAGGCUGAAGCUGUCUGGGGUGCCGCGGCCAGGCUGCCUUCUGUGUCCUGUGCCUCAUGGUUACUGGUUCCAAGGCUCCUCUGAGAGUAGGGCCCUUGCUUUGGAAAAUAGCCAGCACAGAGCUCACAUACAUAUGAGAUGCAAGUAAUAACAGAGUGCCAUCAGUUUUUAUUGAUUGCAUUUUUAAAUUGAUAAUUUAAGCUCCUUUGGCCAGUACAAAAUGCCUCUUAAAGACAGCAGGCUGUAUUAUUUGUAGGUGUGAGGACCCAGCUGUCAUUUUUUUUCUCCUCCUAGUUUGCAUGUUUUCCCUCUCUAGUCUUCUAGACUGCUGGCACCAGCAGUAAUAAAUACUGAUAAAAUCAAAGUUGAUUUUUACCAAUGGACAGUUUAUGCCUAGAGAGACGGCUUAUACCUAUGUAACACAGAAGGGGGAAAAAUGAAGAACCUCCAGUGAUCCAUGAAAACCUAAAUGUUUUCAAACAAAUCCCAAGAGCCGAAUUGCUAUCGAAAGAUUUCGGUGCUGGACUCACAGGCUGUGUUGAGUCAGAUACAGCUGAAAGCAGGAAUAGCUCAGAGCUAAAUAGCCUUUCAAAUGAACUUGAAAACAAGCUGUGUGUCAGUGUAUGUGUGUAGCAUAUGUACCAUAUGUAAAUAGCUUUGCACUUUUUAAAUGGUGCCUGUAUUUUUUGCACACACAGAUCUUUAUAUUUGCAAACUCAGAAUCCAUGCCAAAAUACAAUGCCAUUUGUCAUUUUCAGUUCCUUCUGUGAAGAACUGGCCCAUUUUACAAGAGUCUGGUUGUGGUUUGUAAAAUUCUUAAUCUAAAAGAAAAAAAUAACCAGAGAUGGGUCUUGGGCUUUCAAGUUAUCUUGAACCCUUGGAUACUAUUUAACUUCCGAGACCUUCUCAGGUGAAAAGGCCGCUGCUUCCCCCUGCUGGAGGUGGCGGUUUGUGGAGGGCAUCCAGCCGUGGGCGGUGGGUCCUGGGACGCUCGUCCUGCCUCUGCUUGUCGGGGCCUGGAGGAGGAGGAGAACCAAGUAAAACAGUGGCACUAACUGAAAGCUGCCGCUCUGAGGAGACCUAGCUCGAUUAAGCCUAGGGCCAUGCUUGCUGGUGCUGAAAGUGAAUGCGUUCAAAGAGCAGCAGAAAUGGAAUCAUCUUGACAAAGUCCCCCGGAAAGAGGAGAUGGAAUGGCUCCAGUUUCUGGCACACAGAUCUAUCUGAUCAGGCCCGUGAUUACCCCUUAGUGACGCUGAUGGAAAGGGCAGCUCUGAGGUUGCUCGUCCCCCACGUGAAGGUGGGUCCUUUGGGGGGAGCCAUGGCCUGACUGGAUGUGGGGAGGGCUGGUUUUUUUUUUGUUUGUUUGUUUGUUUGUUUUUUGCCAUUCUCCAGCAGCACAGCUUGGAUAGGAGCCUUGUAGCCUUGGCCUCUGCAGAGCCGUUUGCGGUACAUUCAGCUCGAUCCUCCCAACAGUUAACACCCUGGGGAUGAGGGCUCUGAUUUGCACAUGAGGAAAUGGAGGCUCCAGGAGGUGAAAUUGGGCAACUUUUUAGAAUGUCUCCUUUGGAACUGAAUCGGUUUCUGAGACUGCCUGCUAAGCUCAGAACUUGCCUCAGAAGCACAGUGGAAAGGGCCUCAUGCAUCCUGAUUCCAGCUGCUCCGGCCAUUUGCAUGCCUUUCAUGUGUUUGACCUCAUACCUUACUCAGUUAUUUUGAAGAUAAAGUAGAUAGAAUCAGGUCUGUAGUUCAGAUGCUUAUUUUUCUUUUUGAAACUAAACACACUCCAGGCAGAGUGGAGAAGUGUGCAUUUUCCUCUUUUCCCUGCCUGGAGACCUCUGCUCCGCAAUCCUAGGGAAUGAAUUUGGGGACUUUAGAAAAAAAACUCCCGGCCUGUCUCAGCAAGGCAACGAUGCUUUAUUCGGAGGCUUUACAUAACUUGUGAAUUAAAUGUGAGGCGAGGGCAGUUCAUUAAAGUUGGUAUUGCAAAGUGGCCGGCCGAGGUUGAAAAACACCAAGCUGCUGGCAUCUCAUCCUCUCUGGGAGAUCAGAUAAGGGAGCAAGUAAUAGAAGGCUGUGAUAAGGAGCGGAGACUGUGAAAAUGGGAUCUGCAGCGAGAUUCACAAACUCUUCCUCCCACGCCCAAAUCCCAUUAGCCGCAGACCUAGUACUCGCAGCUCAGCCACAAAAGCAUUAGUUGGGGCACAUGGGGGGGGCCACCCUGGUGCCCAGGGACCCAGAACGCCCUCCGUGGGGUGCUUUUAGCCAUUUCCACGACACUUAAAACAUAGAGAUUUUGUUUUAAUUCAUUUUCAUUACAGAGCUAUUUUUUAAAAUGUAAAAGCCAUGAACACACAUAAACAGUCCUAUAUAAUAGCUAAAAGUGAAGCUGGUGGAUGGGGAUAAGAGGCUGUCUCGAUUAGAAUUACUUCAGAUUUUUUUCUUAAUGGAAUUAAUUCAUUAGAAAAUGUCUGCAUCAAUUCUGCAGAAAAGCAAGAAAAACCUAGCAACAAAAAUAGAGCUAUUAUCUAAUGUGUCAUAAAUAUCUGCAGUUAUGAUACCUUGGAAUGUUGCCACGAUAUAGAUUGCUUUGAUUAAAAGAUGUCAGUUGAAUAAAACAGUACCGUGGGAUAAUAGUUUUCUGCUGCUAGAUAAAUGCUCAUGUUUAUUUUUAAACCAGGAAACAUUGAUCCUGUGACAAUGCCCUAUUACAAUUACUUUAUUAUUCCGCAGGGUUGAUGUAUAUUUAAUCAGUUGGCUAAUGGAUGUGGGUGCAGGACUGACGCUUGCUCACUGUCCUGCUCGACCACUUGCAUUCCGAUGAGCUUCAGGAGCACUGCCCGGGCUUCCGUCAGGUGGAACUGCCACCCUAACCUCGUGCCACUGAUACCCAAAGCUGUGUCCAGCCAAAAUAAACCAGUUACCCUUUUCUUUGGCUUCCCUUCAGAAAAUACCAACUAAGGGAGACAAAUUGUUAUCUUAAAGCCCAUUUCAAUUAAGGCUUAGUGCUAAUAAGAAUGCAUAGCUUUUUAUGAUUUAAGAAAAUGAUAAAUUCAUGUGCAUGUUUCCCACAUCGACUCAACAGUUUCCCGUGUAAUACAAAAAAAGGUCUGGUUCUUUUUCUGAAUCAGCAGCCUGCAUUCCCUUCUUUUGUUUUCCAAGUAAACUAAAUUCAGCUGUUACCCUCUAGCACAGCAUUUAUUAAAAUUUUUUUCCCACUGAAUCUUUUAUUGGAUUAAAACGUCAGAAUUUAUUGUGUGUAAUACCGAGACCAUUUGUACAAGAACUGCUUUUUGCUUUUCAACAUUUGCUUGCUCAUUUAGCAAAACUUUUAUCAAGUACAGUAUAUUAGACACUGUAGGAAGUACUGAGAAAUUAAUUGAUGGGAGUGAUUUUGUUUUUGUGUUUUUCAUUUGUAAGCAGCCUAAAUAAAGUGAUUCAAGUUUAUACGUGGAGAGAAAGAUGCAAAAUAUGUUUGGAUCUCAUUUCCAUUGCUAGUGUUUCCUUUUUUUUUGAGACAAUUUAUGAACUGUUGCCAUUUGGCACUUCUGAAAAGAAACUCAAUUAAUCUAUUUAAGUGUUUCCUUCACCACCGCUCUCCUUUUUGAGUAAAGACAUAGUUUUGAUAAUGCAUGCUGUUCCUCUCUUGUUUUACAUUUUUCUCCCUGUCUUGAAAAAAGAUCUCUGCUGCUUGUGAUGUGUGUUUUUAUUCUGAUUUCAAUGUACAUUAACCUUCUGGAAAUUGAGUAUUUUAAGAGAUGCCUUAGAAUGCUUUAGUUUUCAUAAUUUUUCCUGUAUGUAUUUUAAGUUGUAUUUCCUGUUUUGACAUGGAAUCCAUUUUAAAAGUUGGUGCAGGAAAGGACUUUCCCAUCGUACAUUUUUGGUUAUCUGAUAUGUAAUAAAUUCAUGGUUUUAUGGCUGACUUUACAUUUCCUGGAGGGAAGGAGCUGUAUUGCUGCAAUGUCCAGACUGCAAGAGCCAUUCACAGCAUGUUCUCACAUGCUCCCUGUCAGCCUGAUGAAACCUGCCCUGCCAAGGCAUAAACUUUUGUACUAGCUGUCUCCACAUUAUGCUCAAUAAAUUCUGUGCUCUGAAUAUAUUUAAA